GUGUGUCUUGGCGAUCAGGGAACACCUUUGGAUCAUGUCCCCGUAAAUUAUCACAGAGGAGGACAUACCUCAAGUAACUGUACUCUCACAGCACCAGUCCAUAUGCAUUUGCGCGCAACCUGGGAGUUUCCCUGAAUAAUACGGAUGAUACAACGCUGGAAGCGCAAGCUUCAGGGGCACAACUUUUCUUACUUAUUUGUCUCAAAGAAGCUUCGCUUUGUGCGACACUUCCGAACGACUAAGGGAAUACUCGACAAUGAAUCGGCGAUGGGGCCAUUCGCAUGGAUUCCUAAUCUACCUUUCUCUGCUCGCCCUGUGGCGGGGACGAUCUGAAGCAGAAGUGUCAGGUUCAGAUGCCUUUAAAAACAACAUUACCCUCUUCACAAGGAUUUUGGACAGACUGCUUGACGGCUAUGACAACAGGCUGAGACCUGGUCUCGGAGACCGGGUGACAGAAGUAAGGACCGAUAUCUAUGUGACCAGUUUUGGGCCAGUUUCAGAUACAGACAUGGAAUACACAGUGGAUGUGUUUUUCCGCCAACGCUGGACAGAUGAGCGGCUGAAGUUUCAUGGGCCGAUGAACAUCCUGCGUCUUAACAACCUGAUGGCCAGUAAAAUCUGGACGCCAGACACUUUUUUUCACAACGGCAAGAAAUCUGUGGCUCACAACAUGACCAUGCCUAACAAACUGCUGCGCAUCAUGGAGAACGGCACUCUGUUAUACACUAUGAGGCUGACAGUGCAAGCUGAAUGUCCAAUGCAUCUUGAGGACUUUCCAAUGGAUUUCCAUUCCUGUCCACUUAAAUUUGGCAGCUAUGCUUACACUCUGUCGGAGGUGACAUAUGUUUGGACACGUAAUGCCACCUUAUCAGUGGAAGUAGCUCCAGACGGAUCUAGACUGAACCAAUAUGACCUAAUGGGACAGACAGUUGGCAAGGAAACCAUCAAAUCCAGCACUGGUGAAUAUACAGUGAUGACUGCCCAUUUCCAUCUGAAGAGGAAGAUUGGAUACUUUGUGAUUCAGACAUACCUGCCCUGCAUCAUGACGGUCAUACUGUCCCAGGUCUCUUUUUGGCUCAACCGAGAAUCCGUCCCUGCACGCACAGUUUUUGGUGUGACUACAGUCCUAACGAUGACCACUCUGAGCAUCAGCGCUCGCAACUCUUUACCAAAGGUGGCCUAUGCCACAGCCAUGGACUGGUUCAUUGCUGUGUGCUAUGCAUUUGUUUUCUCUGCUCUCAUCGAGUUCGCCACAGUAAACUACUUCACCAAGCGUGGCUGGGCCUGGGAUGGCAAGAGCAUUGUCAAUGAUAAGAAGAAGCAGACAUCUGUUCUUAAAAAGAAUAACACUUAUGCAGUUGCUGUGGCAAACUACGCACCCCACAUUGCCAAGGACUCAGCUCUGCCCACUGUCUCUAAGAGUGUCACACCAGAGGCUAGUAAACCUCAACCAGUGGCUAAAGAGGCAAAGAAGACCUUCAACAGUGUCAGCAAGAUUGACCGUAUGUCACGCAUCAUCUUCCCAGUACUUUUUGGCAGCUUUAACUUGGUUUAUUGGGCCACAUAUCUCAACAGAGAACCUGUUAUUAAAAAUAUGGUCCCCUCCCAAUGACCCAUUAGCUAUUGCAGUUACAAUAUCCAACAUUAUAUACAAUCAUUAUAUACAACAGCAGUAGGCCUAUUUAUGUGACAAACACAUGGUGUAUCUCAAGUACCAAACUUUUGUACAAAUUCCUGACUCUUUACAGCCUCCUUAAAUCUUUUCACUGCCAGGAAAAUUUAAAGAGAAAUUAUGCGGGUCUUUUAUCAUUAACUGUACAAAAUAACUUAUAUUCACAACUUUAUUUUUGUAUGUAGUUGUGUGACUUCUGAGUAUAACUGAUCAUUUGUCGCAUACUGACCUCAUAUGUCUGGUUUAUACUUAUAAAUUUAGUACAUCAACCGCCAUCUAAACAAGGCAAGUCUGAGUGUGUAUACGUCAAUAUUUCGGCUAAAUUACAAAGUAAGCUCACAGUUAUGGUGUAUUGGAGACUUCUCUUUGCCUUUAUCUAGUGUUUAAAAUAAAAUGUGUAUACAUUGAGUGUUCAACAUGUACGCUUUGUUGUUUUGUCAUAACUGCACUUCAGUAUCUGUGAGAAAGAUCACUGCAUCUUUACAUUGACUGAUGUAGCAUUUUAAAGUCAAUUAAAUAUGGCACUUUAUUUCUUGCUUUAAAUUUGUUUGUAUAUUAGCUUUUAAUGGACACGAAUAUCAUUAUAAUCACCUGUGCAUUUAAAAUUCUGAGAUUUUGUUAACUGUGAGCAAAGCCUCAUUAAUUAUAAAAUUGCACAUCCACACAUGGUUUAAAGCUAAAUGAUUCAAUGAUUUUGUUCAAAGUACCAAAAUGCAUUGUCCUGAAGGAGAUAUUGUUAUGGUUUUGAGUGGAUGCUUUGAUCAGUGAAGACGAAUUUACAUUGCAUUUAGGCCACUUCUGUAUCUUUGGUCUGUAUUCAGUGGGAAUUGCUGCUACAAAUUUCCAGGUAUUUUGGACACAUUUUUGUUUUGCUUGUCUUUUGGUUGAAAUGAACAUGGAUGUACUGAAAUUCUGGCAUAAGCACUAUUUAUACGUGUGAGAGCAGUAUGUUGGUCUUACAUGUGAUGUAAAUGAAGCUUUUAAGGCCCAUGCCAGAUUACUCAUUGGCCGCAGAUACUUACAUUAGCUUUGUUGCAACAGUGACAUAAUGUUGUUUAUUAGGUAUAAUUCAGUAUAUUAUGUAAAUUACCGCUUGAUGAUUAAUGCAGAAAUUGGCUGUAGUGGGCUUCGCAAUAUGACAUAUGCCUAAUGAUGCCAGACAAAAUUAUAUUAAUGGGAACCAAAAUUUGCAUUAAUUUACUAUAUGCUCAGUAUAUCAUGUGACAAACCAUUGCAGAAUUUUCAUUACUAACAUAAACAAUCCUGACAAGUGUAAACGCUUGAAUGAACUACAAUACUGUGGGCUCACUAGCAGCUUUUCAAUUUGCCAUACUGUUCUCAGUUUUCUGCCUGGGCAAAAAGACAGCUCCCCUGUUGACUGAAAUAAAGUGUUG